AUGACCAUUACUGCUGAUUUGAAUGUGAGGUUGGUGAAUGGUGGCAGUCGUUGUGCUGGUAGAGUUGAGGUUCUUCAUGAUGGUCAGUGGGGAACAGUGUGUGGUGAUUGGGGUUGGGAUCUGACAGAUGCUGCAGUGGUGUGUAGAGAGCUGGACUGUGGUGAGGCUGUAGAUGCUCUGGGUAAGGCUCACUUUGGAGAAGGAUCAGGAGAGAUCUGGAUGGAUGGUGUGAACUGUAAUGGAUCAGAGACCACACUGAAGAACUGUGGAUCAAUUGGAUGGGGUGUUUAUAACUGUGGUCAUGAUGAAGAUGCAGGAGUCAUCUGCUCAGGUCACAAAGCUCCAAGACUUGUGAAUGGACUUCAUCUGUGCUCUGGUAGAGUCGAGCUGCUUAGUGGGAACACCUGGAUGUCAGUGUGUGAUGCUGUGUUUGAUGAUCAGGAUGCAGAGGUUGUGUGUAGAGAGAUGAACUGUGGGGUUCCUGUACAGCUGCUGGGUGCAGAUACUUUUGGUAAAGGAGAAGGGCAGGUGUGGACACAAGAGAUUCAAUGUACCGGUGAAGAGUCUCAUAUAUCUCUCUGUCCAUCAUCACCUUCUUUCAACGACAACUGCACACAUGAGAAUGAUUUUGGACUGAUAUGUUCUGGUUUCUCUGACCUCAGACUGAUGAACGGCUCUGAUAUCUGCUCUGGUCGAGUUGAGCGUCAGUAUUUCAGUAAAUGGGGCUCAGUGUGUGAUGAGUGCAUGAAUAUGAGAGCUGCCAAUGUUCUCUGUAGAGAGCUGAAUUGUGGGAUUGCUGUGUCUGUUGUGGGAGUGGACUGGUUUGGAGAGGGAUCUGGUGAAAUCUGGGCUGAUGUGUUUGAUUGUCAGGGAAAUUAAACAAAACUCUCAGAAUGUUCAAUCUCUUCAUGGAGUCGAGCUGAAUCCUCUCAUAAACAAGAUGUUGGAGUCAUUUGUUCUAGUGAGUGAACUUCACUCUGUCAUUAACAUGAAGUUACUGUAGUGUGAUCGUAAUCAAUCUGAAAAUGUCAAAUCCUUUCUCCAGAUUCCUCUCUGUCUCUUCAUGAUGGUCGAGUGAGGUUGUCUGGAGAGAGAGAGUGUGAGGGUGAGGUGGAAGUUUACAUUCAUCAGGUUUGGAGGAGAGUUCUGCUGGACUCCUGGAGUCUCAUUGAAUCCUCUGUGGUCUGCAGACAGCUGGGCUGUGGCUCUGUGCUGAACUUCACUAACUCCUCUUCAUCCAGUGAUGAACACAGUUAUGAGUGUGUGAUGGGCUUCCAGUGCUCUGGGACUGAAGAUCAUCUGAGGAACUGCAGCUCUCCACAAACUCUCAACUGUAGCUCCAGACAACAGCUGGCAAUCACCUGCCUUGGUCAGACUUAUAAUAUUUGUCCAGAUGAUUCAUUAAAAUUGGUUUACAUAGUCUGUUGUUAACUCUUUGUCUGAUCUCAGGUCAGCUGUCCAUCAGGUUGGUGGGUUCUGGUGGAGAUUGUUCAGGAAGGCUGGAGGUUUUUCACAAAGGCUCAUGGGGUACAGUG